ACAAAGUAAGAUUUCUUCGCUUACAAGAAUCGGAACAUAACCUCUAUAGACAAGAACGUAAAUAAAUGAGCCUAAUAAAGAUCCAGUUAGUUGCCGCAAGAUUUUUCAGUAAUGGCCAAUUCAUCGGCGAACGUAACUGUGUCGAGCAUUUUGAAGAAUAAAAGCUCGUUUGAGGAUGAACCUCGAAAGAAGAGCAGGGAGGAUUGGCGGAAGGCGAAAGAGCUGGAAGAGGCGAGGAAGGCUGGCACUGCACCCGCCGCCGUCGACGAGGAGGGUAAAGACAUUAAUCCGCAUAUUCCGCAAUAUAUCAGCGCCACGCCAUGGUACUUUGGCUCUCAGGGUCCCACUCUGAAGCAUCAGAGACCGCAGCCUGAGAAACAGAAGCAGUACAAUUCCAUAGAUGAUUGGUACAAUCGUGGGGUGGAUGGUGCACGGGUGGCAAUUAAGUAUCGUAAGGGUGCUUGCGAGAAUUGCGGUGCGAUGACUCACAAGAGAAAGGAUUGUAUGGAGAGACCGCGCAAGGUUGGAGCGAAAUACACAAAUUCAAAGAUAGCAGCGGAUGAAUUUACUCAGCCUGAGCUCUCUAUGGAUUACGACGGUAAAAGAGACAGAUGGGCUGGUUACGAUCCCUCCGAACAUAAAGCGAUAGUGGAGGAGUACCAGAAGAUAGAGGAGGCCAAGAGGCAGAUGCGUGCUGACAAACUCGAUGCAGAGGAGGAGAACGAUGAGCAAGACUCAGAUAAGGAUGAAGAUAAAUAUGUUGAUGAGGUGGAUAUGCCUGGUACAAAGGUAGACUCUAAACAGCGUAUUACUGUAAGAAAUCUGCGAAUUCGAGAGGACACUGCUAAAUAUCUGCGCAAUCUAGAUCCAAACUCUGCGUACUAUGAUCCAAAGACUAGAUCCAUGCGAGAUAAUCCCUAUACCGGUACAGAGCGCGAGGUGGAUUACAAAGGCGAGAACUUUGUACGCUUUUCCGGAGAUACACAGCAACAUGCGAAUGCACAAUUGUUUGCUUGGGACGCGCACGAGAAGGGAGUCGAUGUACAUUUAUUAGCCGAGCCUACGAAAUUGGAAUUAUUAAAGCAGGAAUACGACAAGAAACGCGACGAGUUGAAGGACAAGGCGCGCGAUAGUAUAAUCGAGCGUUAUGGAGGUGAGGAGCAUCUCAAAACAUUACCAAAGCCUUUAUUAUUGGCACAGACCGAGCAUUAUGUCGAAUAUUCGAGAUACGGUAAGAUAAUUAAAGGGCAGGACAGACAGGUGAUACGAUCCAAGUACGAAGAAGACAUUUAUCCAAACAAUCAUACAUCAGUCUGGGGUUCCUAUUGGCAGGAUGGAAAAUGGGGCUACAAAUGUUGUUAUUCCUUUAUUAAAAAUUCCUAUUGCACCGGGGAGUCUGGAAAGAGAGCAGUAGAGGCAACGAACGAUAGCUUGACACUGGAUAAAAUACCAUCUGUGAGAAAUGAAAUAGAAGAGACCGAUUAUAAACUGGACGACACAGUAAUAGACGACAAUCAUUCCUCGAGCAGCGAAUCUUCGUCCGAAGAUGAGGAUACGGAAAAAAAUAAAACGGAAAAACAAAGUAAGGCGGCUAAACGGAAAUUGAAGAAACAGAAGCGUAAAGAAAACCGCAAGAAUAAGAAACAGGACGAGGACAAACUGAAAGAAGCAUUGAGAAAGGAAGAGGACAAUACGAGGAAGGCGGACAAGAUGUUGAAAAUGAACGAGAGGAAACGUCCGUAUAACAGCAUGUAUGAGACAAAAGAACUGACUGCCGAGGAGAUAGAAGCAUAUCAAAUGAAACGUAAACGUGACGAAGAUCCAAUGGCCCAUUUUCUUUCAAAAUAAUAUUACCAGAUUAUCCUUACGAUUAAAAAUCAAAUUAAUGUUAUACACAUAUUUAUAAAUAUGUGCAGUGUACGAUAUCAUUUAUCGUUUUUGAUGAGAAUAGGAUGUCCUAUGUAAAAUAUUAAUAUGUAAUUUAGCGGUUUAACUAAUAUUAAUUAAAUAUGACAAGUUCAGGAGAGAUUUAUUUAAAUUUAGAAAACGUUAAAUUACUAGUAUAUAUAUGUAUAUAUUACUUUUUCGUCUCUUUUCUUGUAUAUAAAUAAAUAAAAGUCUGUAUAUAUAUUU